AUGGACCAACAACUAGCAGAGAAGCUGCAAAAUGGGGAGGUUCUCAACUACUCCGCAACGUCGGCCACCAGUGCCUGGCGCAACGGAAGCCUACCACCAGCAGUCCGACGGCCACCACGGGCAGAAUGGGUUCCAGGAGUAUGUACUCUGCCACUCCCGCGGUCGAGGAGGAACGCCAAUGGUUUCUCGCCGCUCGCCAGCACCAACAAACUCGACGAAGACGCUGACCUCGCCGCUGCGAUUCAGCGAUCAUUGCACGACGUGACUGCACCCAGCGGAUCCAUCGGGUCUAUGACCGGCUUAGACGCAGACCUCGCUGCUGCGAUCGAAGCAUCGACACUCCUCUCUAUUGCCUCUCACAACACCACGUCGCGACCGUCAUCCACAACAGACCUCAGAGCUCUCGAAGUCCAUGCCGCCACCUUUCCCAAUGGCCACGCACUGAUCCCGACCUCAGGAGAGAGUCUCCUUUGCGGAGGACGCGCCAUCAUCGCGAGCUGGCCGCACCAGGUGCCCUCUGAUAUUGCUCCGCCCACGAUGGAGGAGCUGAUGGACAUUGUGAGAGGCGUUGCGUUCCGAGAGGUCAUGCUGCGGUCACGCGGUGAGCUGCUGGAAAAUAAUGAAAAACCAAAUCAGAAUUCGAGCAAGCCUGACGUCGAAGAGCAUAACGACGUCCCCUUCUUCCGCCCUGUACUCAGCAAGUCGAAGAAGAAGCGGCUGCGGAAGCAACGCGGGAAGCUGCAAUCCCAGCAUGAUAAAAAUACCGAAUCGAAGGUCACAUCGGCGAACAAUAAAGAAGAACCACUCUCAGCAUUUCUCGAUAACACGACCUACUUCUCUCCCGACCAAAUGGACGUCCUCCUCGACCUGCUCGGCUGGCGCCGCGGCAUAAGAUUGCGUCUGGGAUAUCUCGAGAACGGCGUGCCGAAGCUAUUGUGUCGGGACAGUGGCGAUAAUGGCGAGGAAGUCAAGGUGUUGUGGGUAUACUUCGACACCAGUGGGAUUGGGCAUUACAGUGGGUUGCGCGCGCUGUGA